AUGGAAACCAUGCAGGAGCUGAUCCCCUUUGCCAAAGAGAUGUUGGGACAGAAACCCAGACGGGGUCUUUUGAAGGUUUAUCUGCUGGGCUCUAUGUUUGCUGUACUGGGGACAAUCAUCGGGUUGGUUGAAACUGUUUGUCAACCCUUCUCCUCUGGUCAGUGGAUGGAUGCAGAAAUGGUCCAGAUGUUGGCCCGGGAGCAGAGAACUGUAAAGGCGGAGACACAGAACAAUGUGGGAGUCCAGGAAGGUACGGAGGAGAAUGAGGAGGCGGAGCUGGCUCAUAAAAAUGGGGCCAGGACCCUCAGUAUGACACUCUCUAAGACUCACAGACUCAGCCAUCGAAGCAUGGCAAACCGGCUGCAUGCUUCCUAA